UCCAACGUGUGUCCGUGUCGAGUACAAAGGCAAGGCAAGACAAGCAGAGCAGUCGUGAUCACUUGAGGUGCAGCACCAGAGCUAGCUGAACACCAAUGGCAAUGGCUGGGGGGGCGUCCAUGGAAGUCGUCGACCAGCAUCUGCCGGGCUUCCGGUUCCACCCCACGGAGGACGAGCUCCUCGACUUCUACCUCUCCCGCGUCGUCCACGGCCAGAAGCUCCACUUCGACAUCAUCGGCACGCUCAACAUCUACCGCCACGACCCCUGGGACCUUCCCGGGAUGGCGAAGAUCGGGGAGCGGGAGUGGUACUUUUUCGUGCCGCGGGACCGGAAGGCCGGCAGCGGCGGGCGCCCGAACCGGACGACGGAGCGCGGGUUCUGGAAGGCCACGGGGUUGGACAGGGCCAUCCGGAGCUCGGCCGACGCGAAUCGGGUGAUCGGGCUCAAGAAGACGCUCGUCUUCUACAGAGGGCGCGCCCCGCGCGGCACCAAGACGGACUGGGUGAUGAACGAGUACCGCCUGCCCGAGUUCGGCACCGGCCGCGCCGCAGCGGCGCCACCCAAGAAGGACAUGGUGCUAUGCAAGAUCUACCGGAAAGCCACUCCACUGAAGGAGCUUGAACAGAGAGCCUCUGACAUGGAGGAGAUGCAGAGACGCAGCAACGUGGACUACACGGCCAGAGCAUCCCUGGUCCGGCAAGCCGCUGCCGCCGGAGAUAACUACCUGUCGUCGGACGACGUCCACGACAGCUUCCUGCUACCCUCCUCUUCCUCGUCCGCGCCAUCGGGCGACAGCUACAACGCGCCCAAGGAAGCCAAGAAGGAAGCAGACGCGGUCACGGUGGCGUCGACAUCUCUGCCGCAGGAGGCGAGCCAGCUGCCCAGGCUGCAGCUCCCGGCGAUGAGCCACGGAGUCUUGGACCUGCCCAGCCUACAGGUCCCGACGAACCAUGGUCUCCUGGACUGGAUGCAGGACCCGUUCCAGCUGCGCAGCCCAUGGCAGGACCAGCUUUUCUUGUCUCCCCUCGCGUAUCCGCUCUUUUGAAUGGGACAAAAGUGAAGAAGAAAGGGAGGGUGUUCAAAUUACUAGUGUUAGUGUUAGGGUCUUUGUUUGUUUGAGUUUCUGUUUUUGAGUUUUUUUUUUGAAAAGUUGUACUUUUGAUUUGUCUGAAAAGUUAUUUCUGAAAAUAUGUUGUUGAUUUCUAUAAUAAAUUUUUAGUUUCUCAGCACAUAGCUUCUCAGAAAAACAUUUCUCAGUAAGCUUGUCAGCUUUAGUUUAUUUUUCUUAGAAACAAGCUUUUAGUUUCUCCAAAAGCCACUUCUCUAAAACCUCGUUUGUUCUGACUUCUGACAGUAGUAAAAACAGAACCAGAAACAGAAAACAAACAGGACCUUAAUCCAUGAUGCUAGCUUAGAUGUGACGAAUCAUGUUGUGCAUAUGAAUAGUACUGUAGGUGUGAUCUUUUUAUUUUUUUUGGUGCGUUUCGGUAUGUAAUGUCUGACAUGAUCGCGAAGUCACAAUAAAGUAACUUUAGAGAA